UUUAGUGGAUGUGUAUCUUUUCAAGGUUUCUUUUUGUAUAAUUGAUGUUUAGUGGAUUUUUAAGAUAUUUGUUCUUUGAGAAUUAUUCUUUUCAGAAGUAUUUUUGUAAAACUUUUUCUUUGAAGUAAAAAUGUAAUUAUUCAUAUAAAAAGGGUUAUUGCUGUAAGGGGUAAAAAUGCAUCGUUUCACUUUUAAUAGAUUCGAUAUUUUAAGAUAGAGAGACAAAUAAUUCAGGUGAAGUUGGAAUAAAAAGCUUUAGUUUCAGGGGUACAUUGAUACAUAAGCGCUGAUUAAGUAAAGAAAUCACCCAGUCUUAGAGCACAGGGGAUGGUACUGAAGUUAGCUGCCAUGGCAUCGGUAACCAGUGGUCAGGAAUUCUCUGCAUUUACGGUUUCAAAGGCAUUAAAAUCGUCAAGAAUAAAAAGAAGAAGGAGAAGAAUGGUCAUGGUAGUGAAUGCAAAAGGCAAAGAAGAUAACAGAAAGCAGCUGCAAAAAGGGAGGAACCUCAGUAUUGAAAGUAUUCAAGCAGUGCAGUCACUGAAAAGAGCAUACUACUUCAGUACUAACUCCAAUCUCGACAGUGUUUUCCGUUCCAAAUUCAGCCGUUUGUUGAAGCUCGAUAUGUUGUCUGUCCUUCGCGAACUCCUCCGCCAGAACCACUGCCUUUUGGCCCUCAAGGUUUUCAAAGAUAUUAGGAAGGAGUACUGGUAUAAGCCACAGGUCUCUUUAUAUGAUGAUAUGAUUAAAGCAAUGGCUAGCAAUGGGUAUUUCGAGCAAGUUGAACUUCUUUGCAUCUACUUGAAAACAGAAACUAAUUUAAUAGAGCCGGAAACUGAUGCAUUUAAUGCUCUAUUCACAACAUUGAUAACUUUUAACCUCAGUGGAUUUGCAAUGGAGUUCUAUGGUUUGAUGAAAGCUGUCAAAUGUGAACCUGAUAGGUUAACCUUCAGAAUACUCAUUAAUGGUCUGGAAUCAAUGGGUGAAUCUAGUGCUUCAGCUAUUCUAAGGCAAGAUGCACACAAGUUUUAUGGUCAAUCUCUGGAGUUCUUAGAAGAGGAAGAAGAUGAGGGAUGAAAGUGAGCUAGCAGUUAAAUGGCAGUUUAAGUGAAGUUAUCAUAUGAUGAAUUAAGAUGACGGGUCAACAGCCAACUUUUUGUUUGUUCACGUGCAACAACCUUUUAGGACUAUCUACUGGAGUGUUAACUGCUCAUUUUUAUGUUUCUUACUGAGGGAUCUUAUGGCUUUUUACAACAGUAAUGCUAUUGCACCAUCGCCAUAUCAUUGCAUAAGACUCACUGCUGCAGUUUUCAUUCAUUUCGCUAUUGCUUCUUUGUUGCCCAUAAUUUUGUAAGUUUUCCUGUUUAAAUUGGUCCUAGUCUUCCAAUAUGAGGUUACUCAAUUUGAAUUAGGAUGAGGAGUAGCUUGUAUGUAUUUUCUUAUAAUCUUUUUAUGAUUAUAAUCUCUCAUAUAAUAGCUAUUUUCUUUUAUA